AUGGCUCGAAAGUCUGCUGCUGGUGGUGCUGCUAAUAAGUCUAAUCCUAGGCCCAAGGCUGAGGCUGUGACAAGUGACCCAAGAUUUGCAUCCGUUCAUAAUGAUCCAAGAUUCAACUUACCGAAGAGAAAGAAUAUCAAAAGUGAUCUGGACAGUAGAUUCAAAGAUGCUAUCAGCAAAGAGAAGGAGUUCCAAAAAGUUGAAACCAUUGAUAAAUAUGGACGAAAAAUUAGUAGGAACAAUACUAGGAAAGAGUUGGAACGAUAUUAUAACCUAGAUGAUGAGAAAAAGGCCGACUCUGAGGAGAGCGAGAGUGAGCAGGAAGAAAAAGCGACGGCAGAUAUUCAGGAAGACUCUGAAUCUGAGUCUGAAUCUUCUGAUGAAAGCGAUGAUGAAGAGAAGCUGGCAAAGUCUGUUACAUAUGAUCGUGCCAGAGGAGAGGGUCCAGAAGACUCGGAGAGCAGCAGCUCUGAUGAUAGUAGUUCUGAUGAUAGCGAUGACAGUGACGAUGAUGUCUUUGGUGAUGAGGAAGAUUAUGAUGAAGAGGAAGAGGAGGGACCAGGAGUCAAGCCAAAGGUUGAACUUGGUGAUGAAACUUCAUCAUUUGCAGUUGUUAACAUGGAUUGGGACAACAUCCGUGCAGUUGAUCUGAUGGCCACUUUAUCCAGUUUUGCACCAGCUCGUGGAAGAAUUGUGUCCGUUAGUAUCUAUCCCAGUGAAUAUGGAAAAGAAAAAAUGGCUCAAGAAGAACUUCAAGGACCAGCCAAGGAGUUAUUUGUUGACUCGAAGAAAAAGAGCAAGUCCAAGAAACCAGUUAGUGACGAAGAGUCGUCCGACGAAGAAGAAAUCAAUGAAAAGACUAUUAUUCAAGAAGAUAAAGGAGAAGAAGUUGAUGGGUCUAAACUCAGAAAAUACCAACUACAACGUCUGAAAUACUACUAUGCUGUGGUCAAGUGUGACUCUGUUGCGACUGCUAAGAACAUCUACGACAAUGUAGAUGGUACUGAAUACGAAUCGACUGCCAACUUUUUUGAUUUGAGAUAUAUCCCUGAAGGCAUGGACUUUGAAGAUGCUCCUAGAGACGAGUGUACAAAGAUUCCCUCCAAUUAUAAGCCGAACAACUUUGUCACUGACGCUCUCCAGCAUUCUAAAGUAAAGCUCACUUGGGACGAAACACCCAGCGAAAGAUUACAACUUGCUUCCAAGGCAUUCAGUCAGAAAGAAAUUGACGAUAUGGAUUUUAAGGCAUAUCUUGCCAGUGAUAGUGAGGAUGAAGAAGAAGCUGGUGAGGAUGCACGCGAAAAAUAUCUUUCGUUGCUAGGACCCAUGGCUAAUAAGCUUAACGGAAAGGACGGUAAAGACAGCGAUGGAGAAGAUGACGUGGAUAUGGAAAUCACGUUUACUCCUGGUUUGGAUGAGGCAGGAAAAGCUCAAGAGGAAGAGAAGGAAGAGACGACAAUCGAGAAGUACCGUCGUAAAGAAAAGGAACGAAGAAAGAAGAGAAUGGAGAAGUUCAAAGAAUCCAAGCAUGCUGAUGAUGACGAGGAAGCCGUCACCAAACCUGAUAUCAAACAAACCAAUAAAAAGAACAAAAAGGGUGCCAAGGUGGACGACAAGAAGGCUGCAGAGAUGGAACUUCUUCUUAUGGAUGACAAUCUUGACAAUCUCCAAGCCAAAAAGUCUGAUCAGAUCGAUCGGAACGUUAAGAAAUCGAAGAAGAGCAAGAAACUACAGGAGGCAGAAGCUGCCGAAACUGGUUUCGAUAUGCAAGACGAGCGUUUCAAAGAUUUGUUUGAAAAUCCUGACUAUGCUAUCGACACUACUGUUCCUCAAUUUAAGAAGACCGAUGGUAUGGAGAAGGUAAUGAGCGAGCGUAGAAAGAGAUCUCAAAACACUGGUAAUGGCUCGGCUUCCAAAUCUUCUUCCAAACGAAAGGUAGACUCCGUGGACGGCAAAGACGAACUUCUUUCGCUCGUAGAAAAGGUCAAGAGACGGGCAAAGAAAUAA